ACAUAAAUGUAUAGGAGACAGGGAUCAGCAGUAUUAACAGCAGAGACAUCAGUCCCUGAUUAAUGGAUUGGUCUCAGUAAAUGUCUUGUCUUUCUACAGUAAAUAUGCGAGUUUAAAACAGGGGUCCCUUAUAACUAUCUUGCUCAGUUUCCACUCUUUGGGGUUCUUAAUCUACCGUUUACCAUCGAUCACUUUGUAAACUUCCUCAAGUGUCUCGAUCCGCUGGACGACGCUCGCUUUAUCAAUAAAGUACUAGGUUAUUGUGGCCCAGAAGUUUAACUCCACAUGUGCUACCGGUCACGUGGCCCUAAUUAUAAUGGUCUUUAAAAGUCAUUCGUGACUAUGUGUGUCUAAAAUAACAACAUUAAAGUGCUGAAUAGUAAAGUGUGGACAGUGAUUCUCAGAAUGAAGUCACAGCUGCUUCUGACUGACUUUAUUGUUGUUUUUUGUUGACACGUGUGAAUUAUUUCUAAGUUCGUGGCUGCUUUAACUGCACAUGACCACUAGAUGUCACUGUCUUUGAGGCUUUGAUGAGUCCCUAAAUCUUCCUCCGCCAAACCUCUGUUAUAAUUUUGCCAAACCUGUUGGAUAAAAGCCUGAAGUACGUGCGUGGGUGUAUUGAGAUAAAUUCAUAAUCCAGAAAUGAACAGUUCUCCAUUUGUCUAGAACUAGAACACAUGUGCAGGUACAGAGGAAACCACCUGAAGAGCUUGGACCAACCAGGACAUUUUUAGAUACUCACGACUUAAUCCCACUUAAUAAGACUCAAUACUAUAAUACUGUAAUACAUGUUGCUUUAUUUGACAAUUUUUUAACAAGAAGAUGAAGACGACGCUUCCCCUGUGGCUCCUGUUGGGACUAGUGAUCCCAUGUGGCGCUUACUCAGGCUUCUACAUGAUGGGUGGUACAGCUGUCCUUCGCCCAGUCUGGGAGGCUAGUAUCAACGAAAUAACAUGGACACAUAACGGGGACAUUAUCGCCUAUUGGUUUAGAAACAGGACUAUCGAAGUUACAUUCAUAGUCGAAACUACGACAAAGGCGCCAACUACUAUUGUUCAAUGUCUGUCACCUCGCUGUACACUUAACACCUUAACUGGAGAGUUGACCAUCUCAGACCUGACACUAAAGGACAGUGGGAACUACACAGCGGAGGUCAACAACAAAGUCUUGUACACAGUUGAACUCAAAGUUAUCUCUGGCGUCCCUACACCAACUAUCUCCACAAACUGUGACAAUGAGAUGACCAACUGUGUUCUCACCUGUGAAGGCAACACUACAGGUGCUGAACCAGUCAGCUUAACCUGGUGGUCAAGUGACAUGAUGAAGAGUGAAACCAACAAUUACUGGCCGUCACGUGAAACCUUGAUGAAGAGUGAAACCAACGAACUCAACGAGGAGAAGUUGCCUUUCUUCAGUUGUAAGAUGGAAAACCCAGUCAGUUUUCAAUUCAGUAUGCAAAUCAUCAACCCAGUCCUCAUCUCCAACACAGAUAAUCCAGACAUCUCCAGGAAAGUGGGAAACCGUGUUGCCUUUAAUCUUAGUCCUGUCAUCUAUGAUGAUACUAUCAAUAGUAUAGUCUGGAAACAUGGAUCAAACCUCAUUGUGAAGUGGGAAGGAGGCGACCCUGUCUUCUAUGGGGACUUCAAAGGUCGCUGCAGUCUGAACACCAAAACUGGAGACCUGAGCAUCUCAGACCUGACGCUAAAGGACAGUGGUAUCUACACAGCAGUGCUCAAUUUCAUGAUAAUGAGUAGUGUCUUGGACACAACUAAACUCAAGGUUUUCUCUGGUGUCCCUACGCCAACUAUCUCCACAACCUGUGAUGAUGAAAAGACCCACUGUGUUCUCACCUGUGAAGGCAACACUACAGAGUCUGAACCAGUCACCUACACCUGGUGGUCAAGUGAUGUGAUGAGAGAACCCAGCUGGUUGUCAGGUGAACGUGGGUUUAUUGAAAUCGAAUAUGACUGGUGGCCAGGUGAAAGCUUGAUGAAGAGUAAAACCAAAGAACUCAACAUAACAAAGGAGGAUAACUCGACUUUCUUCGGGUGUAAGAUGGAAAACCCAGUCAGUUCUCAAUUCAGCAAACAAGUCGUCAACCCAGUCCUCAUCUCCAACACAGAACUGCCAGAUAUCUACAAAAAAGUGGGGGACAUCAUUGAUCUUAAUCCAGGCACUAUUGUUGCUGCUGCCACUAGUAUAGUCUGGAAACAUGGAUCGAACUUCAUCGUGACGCAGUACAGAGGCGAGCCUGUCUACAACGGGGACUUCAUAGGUCGCAGUAAACUGAACGUCUCAACUGGAGAGUUGACCAUCUCAAACCUGACACUAAAGGACAGCGGAAACUACACAGCAGAGAUCAACAACAAACUCUUGGCUACAACUAAAGUCAAGGUUAUCUCUGGUGUCCCUACACCAACCAUCUCCACAAACUGUGACGAUGAAAAGACCCACUGUGUUCUCACCAGUGAAGGCAACACUACAGAUGCUGAACCAGUCACCUACACCUGGUGGUCAAGUGACGUGGUGAGGGAAACUAAUGAGAGACAAAGCUGGCCCAGGAUGACCAACUAUUACUUGUGGCCAGGUGAAAGCUUGAUGGAGAGUAAAACCAAGAAACUCAUCAUAACAAAGGAGGAGACGUCAUCUUUCUUUAGAUGUAAGAUGGAAAACCCAGUCAGUUUUCAGUUCAGCAAACGCAUCGUCAACCCGAUCAUCGUCUUCAACACAGACAAUCCAGACAUCUACAGGAAAGUGGGAGACAGUGUUGUCCUUACUGUGCGCUCUAAUGUUACUACUAUCACUAGUAUAGUCUGGAAACAUAGAUUGAACUUUGUUGCAACGUGGGACGGAGGCGAGCCUGUCUUCUACGGGGACUUCAUAGGUCGCUGCACGCUCAGAACCACAACUGGAGAGCUGACCAUCUUUGACCUGACACUAAAGGACAGCGGCAGCUACACAGUAGAGAUCAACGGUGACGCCAUCAACAUAACUAAACUCAGCGUUUUGUCUGAAGUUCCAAAACCCUCUAUCUCCACAAGCUGUGACGAUGAGAUGACCCUCUGUGUUUUCACCUGUGAAGGCAACACUACAGGUGCUGAACCAGUCAUCUACUCCUGGUGGUCACGUGAAAAAGUGAUGGGUCAAAAGAAGAAGCAUUCCAUAACAAAGGAGGUGAAAGAACCUUCGUUCAUCUGUAAGGUGAAAAAUCCAGUCAGCUCUAAACGCAGCGAAAAAGUCAACAACCCUUUCAACAACAACAGCGAUCUCCGUGGGUUGAUCGUACUGCCAAUACUCUUGAUUCUGAUUCUGGUGGGAGUUGGUGUCUUCUUUUACAAGCGCAAAUGGAAAAAAAAUCAAACUUCCACCAUGUCCCUGGAGCCCAGACAACCAGGGACGUCAAGUGUCACGAUUUAAAGCAGAGAGCUGACAACUGCCGCUGGCCACAGACUGAAGAUGACAGAGAAAAGCUGCCUCUCUACCUCAUCUCCUGGUUGAACAUGCCUUUGGUUGUUAUAGUUAUUUAUUUUGUUAGUUAUUUGCCUGCUGUUUGUAAAGAUGCAGGACUUUUGUUACACCCUGUUCAUGUGAAAUCUGCUGUGUUACAUCUGUAACAUCAGACAAAGGAACAAAAUCAUCCAGUCAACCAACCAACCAACCAACCAACCAAUCAACCAAACAAUCCAUCAACCAACCAAUCAACCAACCAAUCCAUCAACAAACCAAUCAAUCACAUAAUCAACCAACAAAUAUAUUAUAUAUAUAUAUAUUAUUUAUAGGGCACUUUUCCUACAAAAGACGCAGACCAAGGUGCUUUACAUAACACAAGAAGAAAACAACAACAAUAAAAAACUAUAGACACAAGAGGCCAUACACAUGUAAACACACACACAUGCAGAUUUAAAAACACUGAGGAAACGCUAUCCCACACUCAACACUUUACAGUUGAGGAAUAUAUAUAUAUAAAUCAAUUAAUAACUAGACUAAAUAUAUUUUAAAAAAUUAUAAGUUUGGGUUUAAAGAAAAUAAACAACUACUUGAGUUUGGUCCUGGUUGAGCUGUAAGAAGUUCCCCACCAUCCAUGACUGGAUAUAUAAGAUGUAUUUUAAUAAAAGGGCAUCUAUUGGCUCAGUGAUGUAAAACUGUGUAUCAUCCUUAUGGCAACAUAUACAGCUCCCCCUGCUGGUCAGGAGCGGUAACGACACUUUAAAUCUUGUGUUGUCCCAACCAGAGCAGGACGAGUUAUUAUUUAUGUCGCAUUUGUUUUACUUCUUUUUUUUUUCUUUUCUUUUUUUGAUGUGGUCUCUUUUUUCAGACUUAUUUUUGAUUAGGGUUCAGUUUGGUGUUUUUAGGGUGAGGGAGAAAAAACAGGAAUGGGUGUCUUCUUCUUCUUCCCCUUUGGUUUAUAUGACUGACUCAUCUUGUUUCUUUGAGUGCUUAAAAUGUUAUAAAAACAUAAUUGAAAUAUUAAAAGUAGGAAUUGUUUUUGA